CGGCCCGGCUCGGCUCGGCUCGGCCGGGCUAGGCUCGGGCCUUCUCGGCUCAGCUCGGCUCCCAUUGUGUCGCCAUGGCGGGCCGGGCCUGAGAGCGCACGGCGACGGCAGCCCCGGGCCCGGCCCCUUUCUCCUCCUCCCCUUCGGGGCCCGGCACCAUGGUGGCUCGCAGCACGGACAACGUGGACGCCCCCGGGGAAGGGCCCGUCCAGCCUCCGCCUCCCGCCGGGGGACCCGGAGGCAAGGGGAAACCCGGCAAGAGGCUCUCUGCUCCCCGUGGUCCCUUCCCUCGCCUGGCAGAUUGUGCCCACUUCCACUACGAGAACGUCGACUUCGGACAAAUCCAGCUGCUGCUGUCUCCAGAGCGCGACAACCCUGCCACCGCCCUCGGGGACAGCGAUCUCACCUUUGGAGUCCAGGUGACAUGUCAGGGCCGCUCCUGGCCUGUUCUCCGCAGCUACGAUGACUUCCGCUCCCUGGAUGGCCACCUCCACCGCUGCAUCUUCGACCGCCGCUUCUCCCGCCUCCCGGAGCUGCCCCCACCUCCCGAGGGGUCCCGGGCACAGCUGCUGGUGCCGCUGCUGCUUCAGUACCUGCAGACGCUGUCCAGCCUGGUGGACAGCAACCUCAACUGUGGCCCCGUGCUGACCUGGAUGGAGCUGGACAACCAUGGGCAUCGCCUGCUGCUCAGUGAGGAGGCAUCCCUCAAUGUGCCGGCCGUGGCUGCUGCCCACGUGGUCAAGCGCUACACGGCCCAGGCCCCGGAUGAGCUGUCCUUUGAGGUAGGCGAUAUCGUGUCCGUCAUCGACAUGCCGAGCCCGGAGGAUCAGAGCUGGUGGCGUGGGAAGCAUGGAUUCCAGGUGGGUUUCUUCCCCAGUGAGUGUGUGGAGCUGUUCCCAGAGCGGCCUGGGCCCGGAACCAGAGCAGACCCCGAUGGGAUGACAGCCAGCAUCUCAGCCCCCCAUGGGUCCUCGUCUCUGACUGCAGUGCCACGCCCCCGGGGGAAGCUGGCAGGCCUCCUCCGGUCCUUCAUCGGCUCCCGCCCGUCCCGACUGCGCCUCCGGCAGCGUGGCAUCCUGCGGCAGCGCGUCUUCGGCUGCGACCUGGGAGAACAUCUCAGCAACUCUGGCCAGGAUGUGCCCCAGGUCCUGCGCUGCUGCUGUGAGUUCAUUGAGGCACAUGGCGUGGUGGAUGGCAUUUACCGCCUCUCAGGUGUCUCUUCUAACAUCCAGAAACUUCGGCACGAGUUUGACAGCGAGCGGGUCCCCGAGCUGGGCGGGGCAGCCUUCCUGCAGGACAUCCACAGCGUCUCGUCGCUCUGCAAGCUCUACUUCCGCGAGCUGCCCAACCCCUUGCUCACCUACCAGCUGUAUGGGAAGUUUAGCGAGGCCAUGGCAGUGCCCGUGGAGGAGGAACGGCUGGUCCGGGUCCAUGACGUCAUCCAACAGCUGCCCCCGCCCCACUACAGGACACUGGAGUUCCUGCUGAGGCACCUGGCCCGCAUGGCCCAGCACAGUGCGGACACCAGCAUGCACGCCCGCAACCUGGCCAUCGUCUGGGCGCCCAACCUGCUGCGGUCGCUGGAGCUGGAGUCAGUGACCCUGAGCGGGGCGGCCGCCUUCCGCGAGGUCCGGGUUCAGUCGGUCGUGGUUGAGUUUCUCCUUAACCACGUGGACGUCCUCUUCAGUGACACCUUCUCCUCUGCCGGGCUGGACUCCACCGGUCGCUGUCUCCUGUCCCGGCCCAAGUCCCUCCUGGUCGGUGGUCCUUCCACCCGGCUCUUGUCUCUGGAGGAGGCCCAGGCCCGAGGCCCCCAGCCCCCACAGCCCUCCCCACUGGACAGCAGGCGCAAGAGGAGCCAAGCGGGGAAGGGCCGGAAGCCGGUCACCAGCAGCUGGAAGGCGUUCUUCGCCCUGGGCCGGGGCCCCUCGGCCGCCCGCAAGAAAGAGGGGCCACGGGGCCGGCCGGAGCGGUGGCCAGGUGGGCGGGCUGAGACCGUGACCCUGCGCUCAGCCAAGAGUGAGGAAUCGUUGUCCUCUCAGACCAGCCGGACAGGCCUCCAGCGGCUGCCCCGCCUGCGCCGGCCCCGGUCCAGUAGCGAUGCCUUCUCUGUGGGCCGCGGCCCCCCCGGCUCUGGUGGAAGCCUCUCCCCCUCUGCCUCGUCCCGCUCUUCCUCCUCCUCCUCCUCCUCCUCCCCCUCCUCCCGCUCAGCCUCCUCGGGCUCCUCCCCCGGCGCCUCCUCCUCCCUUCUGGGCUCCCCCCAGCCCCGUGCCUCCCUCUGGCUGGAUGGCGGGGACGAGCUGGAGCUGAGCCCGCCCCGCGGCCUCGAGGGGCUCCGACACCUGGACUUCGACCCCCUGACCUUCCGCUGCAGCAGCCCCACGCCUGGGGACCCCGCACCGCCGGCCAGCCCGGCGCCCCCGGCCUCGGCCGGCUCCUGCCCUCCGCCCGCCGCCGCCGCCCGGGACAUCUCCGAGCCGCUGACUGUGUCGGUGCCCCCGGCCGUCCUGCAGCUGCUUCAGGAGGCUGGGACCCCCGCGCCCCUCCCCGCCCCAGCUCCCGCCCCUCAGCUUCUUCCCCUGCUGCUGCGCAGUGGGGAGACCGAGCUGAGCGACAGCUGCCAGAGGGAGAUUCGUCACAAACUGUCCCUGACUGGGCCGCGGAACCUGCGGGCAGCCCGGAGUCCUGGCUUCGACUCCCCUCCACUCCCUGUAACUCUGUCUCUUCUGCGACCGGGAGGAGCCCCCCCACCCCCUCCCAAGAAUCCUGCCCGGCUCAUAGCCUUGGCCCUGGCUGAGCGGGCCCAGAGACAGGAGCAGCGCAUGGAGCAGCGGCAGGAGCAGCGCAUGGAGCAGCGCAUGGAGCAGCGGCAGGAGCAGCGCGUGGAGCAGCGGCAGGAGCAGCGGCAGGAGCCGCGGCAGCGACGCCCACGAGAUCCCGUCCCCCCAACUCCCCGCUCCCCAGUCUGCCGUUCCCUAUCUCUGGAGGGGAGGGGGGAGCUGCCGGCGGGCAGGCCGGAGCCAGGAUGGGGCGGGGGCUCCCUGUACCCCGUGGUGCGCUCCGACCCCCAGGGGCCGUGCCCCCUCACUUCCCUGCAGCGCCAGCAGAGCGAUGGGGGCCUGCUGAGGGUCCAGCCGGGCAUCCCCCUGCGGCGGGAACACAGAGGCAACAGCCAGGUGCCAGCCUCCUGCCUCUUCUCCCCUGGACCUCCUGCCCGCAGGGACCGUGCCCUCAAGCCCCCCCUGCACCUGUCGGGGGGCCCUCCCCCUUUCCGGCCGCCUGCCUGGUGGUGGCCACGCACUCCGCACCUCCCGCCCGUCCCGGACAAGGGGGAAAACCUGUACUAUGAGAUCGGGGGUGGGGAGGGGGCUCCCCGUCCCUACCCCAUGCUGCCCCGGCUCUGGGGCCCCGGGCCCCCUCCGCCAGCUGGGCCCCCCCUGCCGGCCGGGCUCAACGCCUCCUACGGGGUCCUGGAGACCCCUCCCCGGCCCCCCUGGGGGCCCCCUGAAUUCCUGCUGAGCUACUCUCCCUCCCCGCCCCCCUCCGGCCCCCCGACCCUGCAGGCCUGGGUCCAGCCCGGCAGGUUCGGCCAGCGGCCCCCGCGCCCACAGCGCCCGCCCCGGGCUGAGCCCAUUUACGCCAACCUGCCCUUGGCUGGGGGCAGGACCCUGGCCCCUUCGCCCCCUUCCUCCUCCUGCUCCUCCUCGCCGACCCCCACCCACCCCCGCAGCCGCUCGGACCCUGGCCCGGCCGGGCCCCAAGCCCCCAGGCUCCCCCACAAGCAGCGGCCUCCUUGGGGGGCCCCCCAACCUCCCUACCACUCCCCACUGCUAGAUGCCCUCCCUGGCUAUGGCCCUUCCCUGGCCCCGGGGCCCCUGCUGCUCUAUGGGACGACCCCACCGGGCACCCACAGGAGGGGUGGGGGGCAGCCCCUCAGUGGAGCCGUGGCCCCAUUUGGGAGCGGAACGGGGAGGCAGGGGGAGGGGGCUGGCCCCCUAACCCCCUUCCUCACCCCCAGUUGGACCCUCCACCAUGAGGGUCAGACACAUAGCUACUGCUGAGUCCAAGGCCAGAGUGGGCAGAGGGAGACCCUGGCCCCCUCCUCCCCAAUUCUGGGGACCCCGGGGGCCAGUCAGGUGAGUCCCACAGCGGCUCCGGGACGGGGGUCCCUGCUGGCUGACAGGGCCAGGCCCUGCCCCGACCUACGGACCUGUUCCCACUCGGCCCGGACGGGCUGGGGGCAAGCUGGGGGGCUGGCUGGGGCGCAGGGUGCCCCGUCCUCCGCCCCCCAUACCGGGGUUUCUUGCACUAAUCUGGGGGAGGGGGGGCUCACAACCCCUUUCCUGGAGACGCCAGCAUGCGCCCCUCCCCCCGUGC